AUUGAGUAUAAACGUUUCGUCGCUUACAGCGGGUAACGGAUAUCUCCCGAGAUAAGAGAUUGCGAACGCCGUCGUGGCUUGCAACUAGACAUAACAUCCGUCAAGGUAUGAGUUCCGAGCCACGACGUUGUUCACACAAUAACUCGAGAUGCUGUGUCAUCAUAUUUGUUAAUUAUAUAAGCUGGUGCAUAAUGUAGCGGAGUUAGUCUUUUGACAAACUGCCCAGAGCACAGACCUACUUAUUCUAUCAAUAAAAAACCCAUUCUCUACCCCUUUGAGUUUUACUCUUUCCUUAAAAAACCGAAAGCGCGAGAAAGCUGCUACGGUCACAUCCUCACUACUUCCAACCGAGAGCGCGUGAAAGCUGCUACGGUUCCUACUACCAUCCUUAGCCGAAAGCGCGAGAAAGCAGCUACGGCCUUGACUCCGGAAAUUACCAUCCCUGUUCCAUGCGCAAGAGGCGCGGUCGCAAGGCAGGUCGCCGUCUGCAAUUCUGGCGGUUGCAAGGUCAGCUUAACCCGGUGUCGGGGUCUCCGCCCCAAGUAAACGGUAAAUCCGACGGUCCGCGUGUUGCGUCCGAGGAAGUAUUGCUCGGUACGCGUUUAGUGUUGGUCGUUCCGCGUAGUGCCGAUCACAUCGUCGAAGCUGCCGCUCCGAUACUCGAGUCCGAGAGUAUCCCAGCUCCAGGAAGUCCCGGAGAGGGUCCCUUGGAUUUCAUAGUGGAACCACCAUCAGAUUGUCCACCAGCCUUCUGGACAGGAAUCACCGACGGCUGGGGACUAACCGAGAUCAACCUGCCAGCAAUAAACCAACCCCCGGGAGGAACCAUUCCAUUCCGUGACCCUAGGUACGGGUAUUAUUCCGAGGAGCACUUCCGGCGGACAGGAAGUGACGACUAUCCACCGCUAGAGGCUAAGAACCUAGAGAAAAAGGGAAUAGUUUGGGGUGACCUAUGGGGCCCUUAAAGAUGGCCGGAUCAAUUGUCCUUUUGCUGGCGACCCUUCACCUUUCCCGGGCUUUAGUAGGAUUCGACUGUGGUGGAUCCUCAAUGAAUACUUCGACAUUAUCGCUGUUGGAUGUGGGAGAUUGUAAACUAUCAAACCGACCGUUACAAAAUGAAAAAGUUAACAUUUACUUAUUACAACCCGCGGAAAUUAUUCACGUUCACGUAAUAGAAUGUAAGAUCCUUAUAAACCGGCACAUACAAUAUUGUGGUUGGCAUUCAUACUCUUCCGCAGUCUUAUACGGGAGAAGAGAAUAUUAUUUAGAAAUAGACUAUAAUAAAUGUAAAAGAAUGCACGAAACAAAUUCGGUCUGGCUAUUCGAUCGAGUACCGUUCUACGAUCUUAAAAUGAAUCAUACAUCUCACCGAACGGCCCAACUGGCAGGUAGCCAAAGUAUGGGAGGGGAUUGUACCACGGGAACAUACAGCGACGAGUACGGCACAUGGAGUAAUGUAGUUGUCGACGCGUUAUUCGAGAUAACAAUUUCCGAGUACGAAACGUCUCUAAAUACAAAAACGAACCAAGUGUUAUUACGAUCAGGAACGCGAUGCGACGCGGAAAAACUCACUUGUAUAACUAGCGAAGGUAUGUCCGCGUUUUGGAGUGAAGUGCCGAAAGACUCAUGCUUGAUGAAAUAUGCCCAAUUAUACCAAGGACCAGCCACGAGGAUAAUCGGAGAAGACAACUUUCCGGAUGUCUAUUCACUCACCACCGAGGACAUUACUUUCGCUCUCGCGCAGAAAGGCACCCUGGAGGUCUGCGGACACAAUGUCAUAAAAACCGAGCACCCGAAGCUGUUUAUCGUGGUGGUCAAAAAUGCGGGUUUUACAUUGUCCGUUGAAACAAUCAAGACCGAAGACAUGGACAUUUUUGCGUACAUAAACAGUAAAUUCGUGUACGUAGAAAAGUUUAUUCGUCAGCAGCUUCACAACCUUUACCACGACGUGCUCAUCAAACGCUGUGAACUAGAGCGGGCGGUGCUCAUGAAUGCACUCGCACUUUCAUCAUUGACUCCCGACGAAUUCGGCUACGCCUUAAUGAAAGGUCCAGGCUAUUACACCACGGUUGCUGGAGAACUUGUUCAUAUCACGAAGUGUGUCGCAUCACCAGUACGAGUUCGCGAAACCGAGCAAUGUUACCAGGAGCUCCCGGUAACUUACAAUAAUAAAAGUUAUUUCUUAACUCCAAAAUCCAGAAUAUUGGUGCAAAGAGGCACCUUAAUUGAAUGCAAUACAAUACUGCCGGUAGGCUAUUUCAUAGAUGGGGUAUGGUUUCAUAUAACCCCGCAAGCAAUUCGGGCACCAUCUCCUCAGCAGCUGCAACCAUUGACAGCACCAACCUGGAAUUACGACAAUCCGGAGCACCUGGCUACGUCAGGGAUCUACUCGCAAAAAGACUUGGAAAAAUUGCGAAACCGUAUCAUGUUUCCAGCCGAAAAACCGGCACUUCUCAAUGCUUUGGCUAUGGGGGCAGCAGGUCGAGUAAUACCGGCGGGAAGUGUCAAUGUCCUGGGUCUGUUUGACGAAGAAGCACUGGAAAAAUUGGCAACCAGCACCGGAGAAAGGAUAUGGCGAAGCCUCGUCGAUUUUGGAUCAGUCACAGCGGGUAUCCUGUCAAUCAUGCUACUAUUACGGCUGUUCAAAUUCGUGGUCGACACAAUCUUCCACGGGUACGCAUUAUACUGCAUACACGGUUGCAGCGCACUCUUGUUAACGGCUAUAUGGGACACCUUAGCUAAUCUCAUCCUUCACCAUCAUCACCACCGCAGGAGACAAAGCGACGAGGAAAACCAGGUAAUACCACCGAUACCCCGAGCAAGGUCAAUACUCAAUAUCAUCGAUGAAAACUCAGACGGCCAAAUCUCGGCUCCACCAAAGGAAUGGUCCUUUAAAAAUUUAUCUAAGCAGUUGGGACAUCAACAACUGGAGGAUCAACAACAGGAAGAUCAAGCGCGUACGUGUUUAAGUAGAGAGACACUGUACAGACUUAGGAAUAGGGAUCCGUAAAAA